AUGUCGAUCUACUGUGCCAAAAGUGCCAACAGCAAUGACCCACGUCAGGGCACGCACCGCUUCAUCAAAGAGAUGGGGUUCAAGCGCAUGACCCCAGUGCAGGCUAUUGCAGUUCCACUUGUUCUCAACCAGCGAGAUGUGGCGGUUGAGGCUGAGGGGCUGAGGGGCAAGACUCUCGCCUAUCUCAUUCCCACCUUUGAAAUCCUCUGCCGAACGCUGAAGAAUGAUGGCGUCAGCCGAAGACCUGGCAACGACUCACUUGCCGUGGGGACAGCAAUCAUUUCGCCAACGCGUGAGCUGGCCACUCAGAUCUACGAGGUCUUUGGAUCGUACUUGACGGCAGCUGCAAAAGCGGACGACGGCGAAGGUCUCAGUGCGCGACUUGACCGGCAGCUCUGUGUCGGUGGAUCGGAGGCCAAAGCCGCGGCCGCUGCCCUGCGCAGAGCUGCAGUCGCCGAGGAGGGCGAGCCCAAACUACACCUCGUCUCAGCAACUCCUGGAAGACUCCGGGCGCUCAUGGCGCUUUCAAACAGCCCCUUGAACCUCAAGACACUGGAGUUUCUUGUGUUCGACGAGGCAGACCGCUUGCUACAGCUGGGUUUCUCUGUCGAUAUUGAGGCUGUGCUUUCAGCAGUGCCGAAACAGCGCAGGACCGGUCUUUUCAGCGCGACGCUCACUACAGAGCUGCAGCGCAUUAUGAAGACGGGCAUGCGCAACCCAGUGCAUGUCUGUGUUCGUUUAAAGCGCCCUGGGCAGGAAAGCAUACAACCUCAGCAGAAAGUGCGCAAAAAGGGUCCUGAAGCUAUCGCAGACGGAACUGUGGAAGACGCUGCGGAAGAGACCAAGGACGAGAGUCGCCCAGUUCCAGGUCAUGAGCUGCCAACAAAGCUGAGCAACUAUUAUUUGCAAGUCCCAGCGCCGGAACGCUUGGGGUUCUUACGUCACUUCUUGCGCGCUCCAGAAGUCCGUAGCCACAAGACUAUCGUUUUCUUUCUGACCUGUGCAACCGUAGACUACUUCCAUGUUCUUCUGCGUGACCUUGUGGAUGGAAGGAGCGGGCUCAAGAACAAAGCCUGCUCCCAAAAAACCGCGGCGCCACGCUCAUUGCGAAUAGAAAAGCUCCAUGGUCAGAUGGAGCCUACAGCGCGUGCAAGAGCAUACGAGAAGUUUUGCAAGAGUCCGGCCCACGAAGGUGCAGUUCUGCUUGCGACAGAUGUGGCAGCGCGAGGUAUUGAUGUUGACGCUGUGAAGUGGAUUGUACAGGUUGAUCCGCCAACCGAUCCAGCAGCAUUUGUUCAUCGCAUUGGAAGGACAGCUCGAGCUGGGCAGAGUGGAAGAGCUGUUGUCCUCUUGCUUCCGCACGAAGAUGGAUAUAUGCCUUUCCUGGAGAAACGGGGGAUUCAGCUUGAAGAGUUGCCCGAGGAACUGCGAAAACCCCAAACGAAUGGCGCUGAUGACUUUGCGGAAACGACGCUGAGCAGAUGUAAACGCAUGGUUGAGACCGACAGAGCUGUCAUGCUCAAGUCCACCAAAGCGUUCUUGUCCUUUGUCCGGGCGUACCAGGAACACCAGUUGCCAUAUUUGUUUCCAUUUAAGAGCUUGGACAUCGGCAAUCUGGCGACCGGAUACUGCCUACUAAGACUGCCCCGCAUCAAGGAAAUCUUGGGCAAGCAUGUCAGAGGGUUCCAGCAGAGUGAGGUCCACCCUGCAGACGUUCCUUUUCGGAGUGCGCAACAAGAAAAGCUGCGGCAGGAGAAGUUGGCGAAGGAGCGGGAGGAGCGCGAGCGGAACAAGGAGGAGGAGAAGAAAGCGCAGCUGGCCAAGACCAGGCAACUCAUGAAGGACGCUGCCAAGGCCGAGAAGGAAAGGACCAGGACACAGAAGCGUCAGGCAAAGCGAAACGAAAAGGCUGAGCAGUGGAGAGCUCUUGCGGCUGAGGAGUGUUUGGCCAAGAAGCUGCGAAAAGGUAAGAUCUCAGCCACGCAGUUUGAGUCCAAGGUGAAGAGGCUGAGCAGCCAGGCAAAGGACGAUGAGGCAGAUUCGGACCUUGAAAGUGAGGAGGAGAUGGCGGAGGAGAGUGAUGAGGAUGCUGAAAAGGACAAGCCAAUUGAUGCUAGAUACGCGAUCCAGAGGAAGAAGAGGAAGCGUGGUAAGUCCAAGAAGGGCUAA